AUGCUUGGUAAAAAAUUAUUCAUUGCAAGUGCAAAAAUGCAUACUAUGCUUAAGCAUACAGGACGUUCUAUUAAUAGUCCAAGUAUCAAAAGUUUAAUUCAGGGAUUUAAUCCUAAUAUAAAUACUGCAAGAUUUUUAUCAUCAGCUAAUAAUGAAUCUUUCCUUUCUGGUUCAUCAGCCAAUUAUGUUGAGUCAAUGUACUAUGCUUGGAAAGAAAAUCCUUUAUCUGUUCAUAAAAGUUGGGAUAUUUAUUUUAGAAAUGUAGAAGGUGGUGUUACACCUGGACAAGCAUACUCUGCACCACCAACUUUGUCACCAGGAUCUACUGCCGUUUUUUCUCCAUCUGUUUCUUCAGCUGGUGGUCGUUUAGAUAUGAAAGGUGUUCAAGAUCACCUUAACAUUCAAUUAUUAAUUAGAAGUUAUCAGACUCGUGGACAUAAUAUUGCUGACCUCGAUCCUCUUGGUAUUAAUAGUGCUGAUUUAGAUGAUACAAUUCCCCCUGAAUUAGAAUUAUCUUUUUAUGGUUUUACUGAAGCUGAUUUGGAACGUGAAUUUAUUCUUCCACCAUCAACUUAUAUUGGUGGUGAACAAAAAGCAUUAACUCUUCGAGAAAUUAUUAAACGUCUUAAAAAUAUUUACUGUAAAUCAACUGGUGUUGAAUAUAUGCAUCUUAAUAGUUAUGAACAACAAGAAUGGAUUAGAAAACAAUUUGAAACACCAGCUGUUUCACAACUUGACCAACAUGCUAAAAGAACAUUGUUUAAACGUCUUAUAAGAUCAACUAAAUUUGAAGAAUUUUUAGCUAAAAAAUGGCCAAGUGAAAAAAGAUUUGGUUUAGAAGGUUGUGAAGUUCUUAUUCCAGCAAUUAAACAAGUUAUUGAUACAUCAUCUGCUGGUGGUGUUCAAUCAGUUGUUAUUGGAAUGCCUCAUCGUGGUAGAUUAAAUGUUCUUGCUAAUGUAUGUCGUCAACCAUUAGCUAGUAUUUUAUCACAAUUUUCAACAUUAGAACCAUCUGAUGAAGGAUCAGGUGAUGUUAAAUAUCAUUUAGGUGUUUGUAUUACAAGAACUAAUCGUCAAACUGACAAAAAAAUAAAAAUAUCUGUUGUUGCUAAUCCAUCUCAUUUGGAAGCUGUUGAUCCUGUAGUACAAGGAAAGGUACGUGCAGAGGCAUUUUAUUCUGGUGAUGAGAAAUGUGAACAUAAUCUUGCUAUUAUGCUUCAUGGUGAUGCAGCAUUUUCAGGACAAGGUGUUGUUAUGGAAACAUUUAAUUUAGAUGAUCUUCCAUCAUAUACUAUUCAUGGAGCAAUUCAUGUUGUUUGUAAUAAUCAAAUUGGUUUUACAACUGAUCCAAGAUCAUCACGUUCUUCACCAUAUUGUACAGAUGUUGGUAGAAUUGUUAACUGCCCAAUUUUCCAUGUUAAUGCUGAUGAUCCAGAAGCUGUUAUGCAUGUUUGCAAAGUAGCAGCUGAAUGGAGAAGAAUUUUCAAGAAAGAUGUAAUUAUUGAUCUUGUAUCGUAUCGUCGUCAUGGACACAACGAAUUAGAUGAACCAAUGUUUACACAACCUCUUAUGUAUCAAAGAAUUAAAAAAACUAAAACUGUUCUUGAUAAAUAUCAUAGUCAAAUAGUUGCAGAUGGAGCUGCAGAUGAUAAUUUUGUUAAAGAAGAAUUAACAAAAUACGGAAAUAUCUUGGAGACAGCAUAUGAAGAAGCACAGAAAAUUACUCAUGUAAGACACCGUGAUUGGCUUGACUCUCCAUGGGAUGAUUUCUUUAAAGGAAAGAAUGCUAAUAUGAUUCCAUCUACUGGAGUUGAUAAAAGUAGUGUAGAUAAAGUUAUGGCUAAAUUUUGUUCUGUUCCUGAAGGAUUUAAUCUUCAUAAGGGUUUAGAAAGAACACUUAAAGGAAGACUUCAAAUGUUACAGGAAAAUAAAGUUGAUUGGUCUAUUGGAGAGGCUCUUGCUUUUGGAACACUUUUAAUGGAAGGAACACAUGUUCGUUUAUCUGGGCAAGAUGUUGAACGUGGAACAUUUUCUCAUAGACAUCAUGUUCUUCAUGAUCAAAAAAUUGAUCAAAAAGUUUAUAAUCCAUUAAAUAAUAUUUCAUCUGAUCAAGCCAUUUACACAGUAUGUAAUUCAUCAUUAUCUGAAUAUGCUGUUCUUGGUUUUGAACAUGGAUAUUCAAUGGUUAAUCCAAAUUCCCUUGUUAUUUGGGAAGCUCAAUUUGGAGAUUUUUCAAAUACUGCUCAAUGUAUAAUAGAUCAAUUUAUUUCAUCUGGUCAAUCUAAAUGGAUUCGUCAAUCUGGACUUGUAAUGCUUCUUCCACAUGGUUAUGAAGGUAUGGGACCAGAACAUAGUUCUGCAAGACCUGAACGUUAUCUUCAAAUGUGUAGUGAAGAUGAUCAACUUGAUCGUGUAAAAUUCCCAUUUGGUGAGGAGUUUGAGGGAAAACAACUUAAUGCAACCAAUUGGAUUGUAGCUAAUUGUACUACUCCAGCAAACUUUUACCAUCUUUUAAGACGUCAAGUUUAUAUGCCAUUUAGAAAACCAUUAGUUGUUAUGACACCAAAAUCUUUACUUCGUCAUCCUUUAGCUAGAUCACCAGUUGAAGAUUUCUUAACUGGAUCAACAUUUAAACGUGUUAUUGGAGAAGAUGGUCCACCAUCUCAAAAUCCAUCUUCUGUUAAAAGAUUAGUUUUUUGUACAGGAAAAGUAUAUUAUGAUAUUAUUGCUGCUCGUAAAUAUCUUGGACUUGAAGAUAAAAUUGCUGUAACACGUGUUGAACAAAUGGCUCCAUAUCCAUAUGAUUUGAUUUCAGCUGAGACAGAAAAAUAUCCUAAUGCAGAAUAUGUAUGGGCACAAGAAGAGCAUAAAAAUAUGGGAGCAUGGGGAUUCUUCCAACCAAGAUUCCUUUCAUUAGACAAAAAAUUGGUAUAUGCUGGUAGAAAACCAAGUUCAUCUCCAGCUACAGGAAACAAAUACACACAUUUACAAGAACAGAAACACCUUCUUGCUGCUGUUUUCAACGUUGAUGACAAAGAUCUCAAUGGUUUUAAAGCCUAA